AUGUUGGAAGCAACCUGCGGCACGGACAUUGAAGAACGGUUGGGUGCUUGCGACUGCGUCCCUGAGGCGUGGAGCGUGAUCCACGAAUGGCUGUUGCCUACUCUUGACGCUGAGAAGACGUUGCUUGUGAGGCGACUUGAGACGAUUGAGAUGCAUCCCGGCGAGGACCCGAAACUCUUCUUCGCCAGAGUAGACGGAGUGAUCAACAUCAUGAAAGCUGUCGGCAUCGAAAAAUCUGAGCGGGCUAUCGUGCACAUCAUUGUCCGCCAGCUUGCGCACGAGUACGAUAUCGAACGCAAGUCCAUCCUGGCCGACCCCACCAUUUCCCGAGCGAAGGUGGAAAACGUUGUUCGCGCGGCAUACGCCAACAAGGUCAUGAUGAAGGAAUUGGGCAAAGCGCAGGCGGCACCGGCGGCAGCGGUGACGGUUGGUGGGCUUGGGUCCGGUCAUGGUGGCCACGGUCAGGGGGGACUACAACGGCGGUGGCGGCAACAGCGGGAGCAGCAGCAGUGGGAGGCGCUGCUCCCCGUGUUUGCAGCUGGCGCGGUGGCAUGGGGAACAGUACCUGCGGCAGGAGCGGCGACCGUUGAUGGUGGUUUCCCCACUAUGGUGGCGGGGGGAACGGUCGGGGGGCAGGCGCUCGCGGCGGGAGCAGCGGCAUCGACGGCAGCACCGGCGGCGAGAGCGGCGACCCCCGGCAGCAGAAUCUUCCCCGCGGCGGCGGCAGGGGAGACGGCCGGGGCGCAGGCACUCGCGGCGGGAGCAGCGGCAUGGACGGCAGCACCGGCGGCGAGAGCGGCGACCCCCGGCAGCAGAGUCUUCCCCGCGGCGGCGGUGGGGGAGACGGCCGGGGGGCAGGCCCUCGCGGCGGGAGCAGCGGCAUGGACGGCAGCACCGGCGGCGAGAGCGGCGACCCCCGGCAGCAGAGUCUUCCCCGCGGCGGCGGUAGGGGAGACGGCCGGGGCGCAGGCACUCGCGGCGGGAGCAGCGGCAUGGACGGCAGCACCGGCGGCGAGAGCGGCGACCCCCGGCAGCAGAGUCUUCCCCGCGGCGGCGGUGUGGGAGCCGGUUGGGACGCAGGGAAUUGCGGCUAAAGCGUCAGCAGCGCAAGAGCCGGAGGACGAGUGCGAUGAGGAUAGCUGUUGGUUGGGCCAUGGCGACGAAGGUGGCAACAGUAGCGACGGCAGCGGUGACGGCGGCAUCGGGGCGUUGUCCGCCGGUGCAAGGCAUCCCGGCGCCCAUCCGACCGUGAGCAAUGGCAUCUACGUCGUGCGGGACGAUGGGGGGUAAUGCCAGGAAGGGAGGAUCGAUCGUGGCAGAAGUGUGCGGCAUGAAGUGAGAGACUUGGUGAUCGGGAUCUCCAGAGGAGAAAGUGAGAGACUUCGUGAUCGGGAGCUCCAGUGGGGGAUGACCGAUGGUUGCAACGACGCAGCUCUGGAUCUACGCGCGGUUCAGGCACGUUUGUGAGAAUUAUUGUGUUUGGGUUAUUUCUAGGUUUGUUUUUGUUUUGUUUGUCGAAAACCAUGAGUUUGAGAACUGUGUCGACGUAGACUUAGAGUUGCGAUGCGCAUGGUUGGUUACAUUGUGAUUUUCAUAUGUUGGGCAUUGAGUUUUGAUAAUCUAAGAAUUCAGCACGCCGAAUGGUUCAGUUGACAUCGUUGGACCACUGCUGGCACUGCUGUCAAAAAUCAUGGGGGGGGAUGAAUGUGAUUGUGAUGCCAUGAUCCUCGUCGCAGUACAAGCAGCGUUCUAGCAGACGUUCGGGUUUGGUUCUUGUUCAUUUUGUAAACGUUUUCCGCGUUUUACCUGCGGCUUUCGGAGAUAAGUUAAUGAUAUUUGUUUGUUUUCUCGUUGUUAGUAUUCGAGAGUUGUGCCUUGCAUGUAUUGCUGUAGGACGGAUUGAGUUCCAUGGUCGGAGAUAUGUCGAAGGGGAGAUGUCAAUCGGUAUAUGUUUUGUAUUCUGUUUCUUGCAAUCCAGACGAAAUACUGGAUGGCUUGCAUUUUCUGUUUCGGGAGUUAUUGCAGCAGGAGGGCUGUUAAGCUUUUCAUGUUCUGGGAGAUAGUGCAGCAAGGGGCUGUUAAGUUUUAUUUUUUGGGAGAUAUUGUGGCCAGGGGCUGCUAAGAAAUUGAUGUUGUCUCUUUGUUUGAGAAACGGCUUAAUUGGUGAAAGUUUCCUCUGGCGUUUAAAUAUGCGCCGGGUUUUUAACCUUUGUCUCUUUUGCCGUAUUUGGUAUUUUGGUUUUUCUGAAUGAUAUAUUGAAGGAAGGAAUUGGCAUAUUUUGGUAAGACAUGGUUGAGGCCUAUGUGCUUCCGAAGCUUAUUUGAGAUUGGUCAAUGAGCUGAAACAUGGUUUUGUGCGAGGAUCUUGUCCGAAGUAAUAGUUGACACGUUUUUCCGGAGUUGUCCGUCCAAAGUCUUCAUGACGUGACUCUGAUGUAAUGUUGAUCUUUGCGGAGUAUUUUUCUAAGGAUGAUUCUUGGUUUUUGGCUGCUUGAGAAUUUGGUGACGACAUUUUCUCGAGAGGGAUGAUUGUUAAGACUCUAGUGAAGUUCCAACAUACAUAGUAGUGGAUUAAGGAGGAAUAGUAACUUGAAAUUUGAAUAUUCAAUAGAUCGGGAAGUUGAGAUGAUUUGUGAAUAUGAAAGAUGAAUGGUUUUGGUUUUGUUGCCGUUUUACCUGGCGAUAUGUACGGAAGGUUCGUAGAUCGUAUCUCGUACCGAGUAGGGGGGCUGUUUGUGUAUGUACUCGGCAGGAUACAGAUCUCCGAGAUAUCCGAGGGGGUACGCAUAUAUGAUAGGUUUGGGUAUAUGCAGACGUGUGUGCAGCAGCAGGUCCUUCUUGCCUGCUGCUCAUGCUUGUCACUCGUUAAUAGUUAAUCAAGGAACUUGAGUCACUCCUUUGUGCAACACGCUCUCGACAAGAGCACGCGAGCGUGAUAACAUAGUACACGCGCCGACACACCAAACAC